UCAGGGCAGCGGCCAGGACGCUGGACGUGCGGCAGUCGGAGCGCUGGAACCCGAGCGGCGUCCUUCCCCUACAGUCGUGGUUUGGGCUCGGCAGUGUUUGUAGUGCCAGGUGACAAGAUGGCGUUUGUGAAGAGUGGAUGGCUGCUGCGGCAGAGUACUAUUUUAAAGCGUUGGAAGAAGAAUUGGUUUGACCUGUGGUCAGAUGGUCACUUGAUCUAUUAUGAUGACCAGACCCGGCAGAGUGUUGAGGAUAAGGUCCACAUGCCGGUGGACUGCAUCAACAUCCGUAUGGGACACGAAUGUCGGGACAUCCAGCCUCCAGACGGGAAGGCAAAAGACUGCCUGCUGCAGAUUGUUUGCCGAGACGGAAAAACGAUCAGUCUUUGUGCGGAAAGCACAGAUGAUUGCUUGGCCUGGAAAUUUACACUGCAGGAUUCUAGGACAAACACAGCUUACGUGGGCUCCGCAAUCCUGUCUGAUGAGACAGCUGUGGCUUCCUCCCCACCUCCGUACACAGCCUAUGCUGCACCAAUCCCUGAGCAGGCCUAUGGCUACGGUCCGUACAGCGGCGCCUACCCAACAGGAACCCAAGUUGUCUAUGCUGCGAAUGGGCAGGCGUACGCUGUGCCCUACCAGUACCCGUAUGCAGGACUUUACGGACAGCAACCCACCAACCAAGUCAUCAUUCGUGAGCGGUAUCGAGACAACGACAGUGAUCUGGCGCUGGGCAUGUUGGCCGGCGCGGCCACGGGCAUGGCCCUAGGGUCCCUGUUCUGGGUCUUCUAAAGCCCUCGAGCCUCAACACCUUGGUGUGCAUAGCUUCUGAUAACCCUGUGUGCAAUAAUAUGAUUUGCAGGGCUUUUUCUGUUGGUGACAGAUUUUUAAAAUAACGGUAUUAAUAGUCCUUUUGAAAGUAGCGACCUGAUAAUUCUAAUCCACGUAAAUACCACAGAGAAGGGUUUGUGGAACUGUGCUGGUUAGCUGAAAUGUGGACUUCUAGGGAUCACUGGCUCAUUCUGAGAGUUUCCUUAUGGAACUCUCCGGAUACCUUAUUUAAACAUAACUUGUCUUUAAAGGCACUUUCUUUUCAGAGUUAGAUAUAAUGCUCAAAGGAUUAUUUUCAUGUUAUGUCAACAAUAGUAGUUAUAAAUGGGUACGUGUGUGCGUGUGCAGGGGAAGCUGUGGCCUCUCUGGUGUUAUCUUUCAACAUCAGGCCAUAGCUGGCUGCAGGGUACUUCUUGAGAAUUGUGGGCUUGUAAGCUGCCAGGUGACUGCCUGGAGGCAGCGGGGUCAGCAUCCCCGUGACCGCCCUCUGGGGCCCUGCGCAGGCCUCAGCGAGGCUGGCUGCUCAGGAUGAGGGGGCAGCCCCCUCGCCCCCUGCCCAAAUGACGUUUCAGGAGCCUGCUGCGUCCUAGAACUGCUUAUCCUUGUAUCCUUAUUUGGUUUUGGUAGUGAUUCCUGGAAUACAUCCCAAGUCAGGAAUUGAUUCCAGCCUCAGAUUUAGGGCUUUAACGUUUGAAAGUUGGAGAAGGCAGAAGAGUAACAAGUGUGUGGAGGUUUGUAGCGUCUGCUCUAGAUGUAUUUAUUGCUGCGUAAGCCUUCAUAUAGCCUAUUUUUCUACCUGUUGAAAGUGUAAUACUAACACAACGGUGAGGAACAUGGGGAGGAGACACAGGCAGAGUAUCUUGGCCUCAGGCCUUGGGGUUCGCAGGACGUGGAGGAGGCCUGUCUGUCGCUCUGAAGGCCCGUCCUGUGCAGGGGUGGGGCACUGUGGCUGUCCACGAAGGGCCGGAUGGCCAGUGGCUGGGAGAGACUCAGGUCGUAGAGGGGAAGUGGGGCAUAGCGAUGUGAGCAGCCUGCUCCAAGUCCUGCCCUGCCUGGCCCCAGCCUUGUGUUUUCACUCCUGAGCCAGGUGUGAUAAGGGAAGUGUGAGACAUUGGAUUUGAGCUCCCCACCAGCAUCCUCUGUUUUUGUCCAAUACUCAGUUUCCAGUACCAUGGAAUAUGUACUUUAGCCACUCCUGUUGCGUUUGUUUCACAUUGUGAAGCUCUGGGUCCCCUGGUUUUCCGUCCCGCGUAGUUUGGGCAGUUUACUUUCACAGAGGUGGUCAGCACAGUCAGAGCUGGCUGCCCCACACUCCACGUAGUUCUGUUUUCCCUAAAAUACACUCCAGCUGGAACAGUUAUGGACAUGCGCUCUUGUUUACUGCUCGGCCAGCUCUGUCUCUGAGGCAGACUUGGACAGGUUUCCACAUGAGAGCAGAUGCCAGGCAGACCUAGUGGUGGCCACAGGUCUGCUUUUGUAGCCAAUCCAGGGGACUUGCUGACAUGGGAGCAUGUUUCCAGCUGAACGCAAGUCAAGUAUAGGUACCUGUCAUCUCUUGAUGGAUGUAGCUUGUGACCAUAAGGUGUUCCGUGUUUCCCAUGCUGCUUUGACCUGUAAUGUUGACCAUACGUCCUGUGUCAUAAGAAUGGCUUUAUUCAGAUUGUAAUCAUUAAAGCUGUAUGCUUUACUUGCAAAAUAUUAAAAACAGCUUUUAAUGUUGCACCAGGGUAUGUAUUUUGAAGUAGAACUGCAGAGUAUUGAGGUACAACCCUGACGUGCUCUGGAAGCAGAAGCUUUCCCUGUGUGCCCUGGCUGCCCUCCAGCUGAUGGGGGAGAGGUGUGAACUGAAAUUUGAACAUGUGCGCACGUGCGCACGUGUGUGUGUGUGUCUGUCUCCCUGUCCCUGGAGGGGCCAGCCUCCUGAGGUAGCCAUAGCUGAGCCUGGAAGUUCACUGUUGCUCGGAACUUGAUUCUGGUAUGAAAUACAUACUGGAUAUAAGGAUGGGCUCAGAUGUUUCAUUUCCUUGGCCCUCACGCCUCUAGGUGGCAGUCAUUUGGUAGACUCAGUUUCUCGACAGUGUCCCUUGUCUAAGUGCCACACUUAGGUAAUCCUAAGUUGAGAAGUGAGUGAGAGGGAAAGGCAUUCUUACUCAGGUUUGAGUAAGCACUUCACUUCCAAGUGUACUUUUAAAUAAUGAUCUGUGCUUCAAAGAAGCUGCCCUAGAGGAAGUUGGCUGUUGCCAUCACACACAUACUGAUCUAAUUGUUCUCUUAAUUCCUUGAGUUAACCUCAGGGUCACACUACUGCUUGUGUGUUUUAGGCCAUUGAAGAUGCAAGGUGGUCAUCUGGACCAUAAGAAGUUCCUGUGGCUGGGAGGGAUGACCCACAUUUCUCUUGUGUAGCAAGUUCCCCUGCUGUGUGUCUGCCUUCCCUUCCCUAGUGUGUAUUGACACAGGUGUGGAGUGCAGUUCCUCUCUUCAAGGCUUGGUCUACAGUGUCUAAUACUCUGUUGUGUCUCACAAAACCCAGUUUCCCUUGUAUAUGCAAAUGUAUAUUUAUAAGUGAAAAAUGUUACAAUAUUAAAUGAUCAUUAACCCUCCA